CCCGGGUGAACGGCUCGUCUCCCCCCCCUCUUUUUUUUCUUUCUUCCACACGAGUUAUAAAAUGCUCUAUCGGCGCGGGUUGUUAACGUUACAGUUUAACGCAGGUUUGUUUUCCACCACCUCCACGGUUCCACGGUUACUUCCUGGUGCCACAGAGAGAGGCAGUGCUGAGUUAAAGAGACAGAAGAACUGAUAGAAAUUCAGAUAGAAAAAAAAAAAUACUGAGAGAAGAGAGGGGUUGGAGACGCGAUAGGAACAGUUGACUGGAUUCCCAGAAAUUGAAAACCCUCUCUCUCUCUCCUUAUUUAUAUGUAUUUUUGAUAUAUCUUUGUGGAACCGAGUCGUUAUUCCUCGUUGGUUCGUAAGCUAACGAACGGUUUGGAUGACGGUUGGCUGCGGCUAAAGCGGAAUUGCAUCGGGGAAACAUAUUCCUCCCUCCGACGGAGAAGCCUCGCAGAGAUUUUCUCCUUUUUUUCUCUUCCUUUUUUAAAAUUUUAUUUUACAGCAGACUCAUUGCUGUGUUGUUUUUUAUUUUUUUCAAACCACAAAAAUCCUCACCCGGGUGUUAUUUUUUAUAUAUAUUUUUCAACGAUUCCACAAGGAAGGGGUUUGGGCGACGGAAGAUGGGUUGUUUGGGCAACAGCAAGACUGAAGAUCAACGCAUCGACGAAAAGGCACAACGAGAGGCUAAUAAAAAGAUAGAAAAACAGUUGCAAAAGGAAAGGCAAGCGUAUAAAGCCACACACAGGCUAUUAUUACUGGGUGCGGGAGAGUCCGGAAAAAGCACCAUUGUGAAGCAGAUGAGGAUUCUACACGUCAACGGCUUCAACGCGGAAGAAAAGAAACAGAAAAUCCAAGAUAUUCGGAAAAACGUGAAGGAUGCCAUAGUGACUAUAGUGUCUGCAAUGAGCACUUUAAUACCUCCUGUCCCGCUAGCCAACCCAGAGGACCAAUUCAGAAUCGAAUACAUCAAAAGCAUAGCACCUCUCUCUGACUUUGACUACUCACAGGAGUUCUUUGACCAUGCAAAGAAGCUGUGGGACGACGAAGGAGUGAAGGCAUGCUUUGAGAGGUCCAACGAGUACCAACUCAUCGACUGUGCACAAUAUUUCCUGGACAGAAUUGACUCUGUAAGACAGAACGACUACACGCCAACGGACCAGGACCUGCUACGCUGCCGAGUGUUAACUUCAGGGAUUUUCGAGACGAGGUUCCAAGUAGACAAAGUGAACUUUCACAUGUUUGAUGUUGGAGGCCAGAGAGAUGAAAGGAGAAAAUGGAUCCAGUGCUUUAACGACGUCACCGCAAUCAUCUUCGUGGUGGCCAGCAGCAGCUACAACAUGGUAAUAAGGGAAGACAAUAACACCAACCGGCUACGGGAAGCCCUGGACCUCUUCCGCAGUAUUUGGAACAACAGAUGGUUACGCACUAUAUCAGUCAUAUUAUUCCUGAACAAGCAGGACAUGCUGGCUGAGAAAGUAUUAGCUGGAAAAUCCAAAAUUGAAGACUACUUCCCCGAAUAUGCUCGCUACACCAUACCAAAUGAAGCAACCCCUGAACCCGGUGAAGACCCAAGAGUGACGAGAGCUAAGUUCUUCAUCCGAGACGAGUUUCUUCGGAUCAGCACUGCGAGUGGCGACGGCAGACAUUACUGCUACCCCCACUUCACCUGCGCCGUGGACACAGAGAACAUUCGGCGGGUGUUUAACGACUGCCGGGACAUCAUCCAGAGAAUGCACCUGAGGCAGUACGAACUCUUGUGAUGGGAGACCGCCUCCGUUAGCCUUCUGUGUUUUUCUCCAUCAUUCUGCAUCCUCGACGAAACCCUUCCUUUUCUUCCUCUUCCACCGUCCCCCGCCCAAACCAGAGAAAACCCUCAACAACCCCCUGACCACCCCUCCCGUCGAGGACUAUGAAGUACUACUGAAGUGUGUCAAAUCCUCUUCUUCUUCUUCUUCUUAACUUCUUAGCAUUUUGUACUUUUUUUUCCUCCCUCUCUCUUUUUCUCUCUGAGACCGAUUCAUCCCCAUUUCACUGACCUGAGAGGAAGGCCGGGGAGCAAAGUUGUUGCGUGCCGAUUCUUGUUUUCUUCUUUUUCUUUUAAUCCUUCCCUUUUGAAUGCCUUGAUUUUUUUUUUGUCAUUCCACUAAGCCUUGGGCUACCUCCUUUUUUUUGCCCCUUUUUUGUCCUCCUGUUUAUUUGGCUUUGUCAUUGGACCUGGACUGGUGGGUGUGGAAAAAAAAAACACACCUACAGGACCUCAGUGUAGAGGCAACCCGUGUGUGUGCGUGUGCGUGUGCGUGUGCGUGUGUGUGUGUGUGUGUGUGUGUGUGUGUGAAUGCCAUGUGAGCGAGUGUGUGUGUUUAUUUUUGUGUGUCUCCUGCCGGUUAAAGCUGGUAUCGCCACCAUGACCUUUGACCCCACCCACUCCCUGACCCUUUUUUAACCCCCCCCCCCACGUCAUCCCUUCUGGGCGGCUUCUUCUCUCCGCGUAGUAGACGACUGGACGACACCGGAGAGCAACGGGAGCCCACUGAGGGGAACCGAGUGGAUGGAGAGAUAAAUGCACUUUGCAUCAGGUUCCUUAAUAACUUUUUUUUUUUUUUUUUGGGUUGUUUUUUUUUUCUCCAGAGGAAGCAUACACACAAUGUAGCAUCACAAUAUUUAUUACCCUGUCACGAUGUUAGCUUGCCGAGCUGCAGGGUGCAUCGAGCAGCCGAGAGACAUGCGGAGCGAAAGAUUAAAGUGGGAGUAGGGCAGGAAAAACGACUACACGAAGAAGGAUUUAAAUGAAGGAAAGGGGACUGAGCUCUCUGCACCUUAGCCCUGCUGCCUCCACGGACUCGGACCAGCCUCCUUUUUACCACACAAACCAUCCUUUUAGCUUAGAAAUACUGAUGGGAGGGGAGGGUGGUAGGGGGACGGGAGAGAAAAAUGUAUUGUUCUCUUAUUUUUAUUUUUUUUUGUUAACUUGUACACUGUGCAAGGUUGAAUUAUCCUGUACAGACUGUAAAAUGUAAUAUUAUUUUGUACAACUUAAUUGAAAGAAAAACAAAUCUACUUGUAGAUCUUUGUGCCUUGAUUAUGGCUGUACCUGUAAAUGAGCUCAGAUGUAAGUAUGUUUUCGACUGCGCUGUACAGCUUGAUGUCAAUCUCUAUCAGCAGCGGAAGACUGCGGGUAGGGGACUUUCUCUGUAGAGUUUAGUUUUUUCUGGUUUAUAAAAAAAGGAAAUGCUGUUUAGUAAAAAAUAAAAAAUAGGGAAAAAAAUCCUAAAAACCUGUAUACAUUAUGCAAAUUAACCACUUACCUGCAGUGAAGACCAGAUGUUGCAGCGCCAUGCCUUUUUGUUUUUCUUUUUUUUUCUUUUUUUUUUUUCCUCCUUUUUAUUUCUUUUGAAUUUCACAGCUUUAAACAAACAUUGGAAAUCCAUUGAAAGUGUCCAAAUUGCAACCUGGUGUUGUUUUAAUAGGAACCAACGUUUUUUCGAUAUGAAGUGUGUCUGAGAUCUGUACUGAUGUGCGUGCCUGUGCGCAUGUGUACAUAAAACAAACAUAGAGUCACAGACGCAUUGUGUGUGCGUGUGUGAGUGUGAGGGCGAGUGUGCGUUGUGUGUAAAGUUUUAUAAAUGUAUGUACAUGUAAAUUUAUAGGUCUAUAUAAAUAUAUAUGUACAAUUAUACAUGUUUAAUUAUGUGUGUGCCUAGGUGUACAUACCUAUGUAUGUAUACGGUAAAUAUGUAUACAUACACACAUAGGAAAGCAUGUUUAGAAUGGAGAUGAAUAAAUGAGAGCGUGCAAUAUUAGUAAUUCUUUGGUCCUUUGGAGCCAUACCCAAUGGCACAGGCACUAUGAAUGUGUGAGCAGCACCCAACAAGACAAGCUCUUCUCCUUGUACAAACAGCAUCAGCCUUUUCUUCUGCUACAGUACACGUCUAUCCCCAAAAGAGAGUGAACUGACUGGAGGUGCAAAAACCUUGUUUGGCCUGGGAGGAUGAUUAAAUGACAUUUUUAUUUUCUUUAAAUAAAGAGGCACAUUAGAGGA